AUGAUUUUCUUCUCCUUUCCCAUCAUCUUCCUCAUCACCUUCACUACCAUCACAACAGCCACCCCGCUAACACCCCUCCUCUCACCCCGUCAAGCGACCAAUGGCCCCCACUCCCCAACAAUCAUCUGGUCCUGCACCGCCAACCGCCAACCCUCCCUCAACAUCCCCUCCGUCUGCGCAAACAUGUGUUACGGCGCCUACUGCCGCGGCUACAGCACCACCCUAACCUGGGACAAUUUCGCCAACAAAAGCUACGCAGAAAGAAAAUAUAACGCGGGAUGUGUGGGGCCGAUUUGGGAUUAUACGAUUCAAGAAGGUGGGGUGGGGGGGAGUUGGGAUAGGUGUAAGGAGGUGGGGAGGGAGUGUAGUGUGUAUCCGUUCUUGAGCACGAGGGAGGGGGAUGUGGAUGCGGCUGGGGGGGAUUGGGGGCCGGUGAGUAGGUGUGUGGAUGCUGGGGAGAAUGCUCGCCAAGGCAUAAUCCUCUACUCCCUCUACUUCUCCGUCCCCCCCUUCGCCCAAAACCAAGGCUUAAACUCAACUCCACCAUCCCCCUUCCACCAAAUCUUCGCAAACGCAGGUGAAAUCCCCUAUUGCUCUGGCUAUCUACCAGAUCAUUCCCUCUGCGCUGCCGAUGGCCAAGAAGCCGAUCGAAUGGGUACGAUUUUGACUUAUAAUCCUUUGCCUGCUGAUGUUCGGUCCAAGCAGGGGUAUCAGCAGAGGUCUUCUCAGCAGAGGUCUUCUCAGCAGAGGUCUUCUCAGCAGAGGUCUUCUCAGCAGAGAAUUUUGAAAUUGAAAAAUGGGGGAAAUGUCGAUAUUACAAAUUCCGGUCAUCAUCAUCAUCAUCAUCAUAAUCGUCAACAUAAUCGUCAACAAGGCGGAAAAGAUGAUGGUGGAUUUGGGGUGGUGGUGGGCACGAAAGUCAAAAUCCCUAGGGUCAGAGAUGAAGAAAUGUUUGUAAGGCAGAGUGAGAGUCAUGUUUACGAUGGGGAACAGGGGUUGGAGCAAUAUGCUUAUAUGGCUUCGAAUCUUUAUUUCGAAGAUGAUGAGAUUGAGGGGGUUGAGGAGGAGUUUGUGGAGUGA